GGAUAAGUCAAAUAUUUGUUUUACGUUUUAAUCUGAAACUGUUCGUGGCGUGCGUAAUUUGUAAAUUUUGUUAGGUACUUACUUAUUCAUUUAUUUAUAUUUCUACUUUAAAUUUGUUAGAAAGUGAUCAAGAUGAGUGUUUGGCCAGAAAUAGCGACAGCGAAGUCAGAAAACCGACAUGAAAUAAAAUUGGCGGGGGCCAACGUCUCUAAACGUAUUAGCGAAGGUGGUUUGGAUAAAAGUGUGUUCCAACUAUCGAGUCUCAACCUUCUAAAUAUAAGCGACACGUGUCUUACAGUUAUUCCCGAUGAAAUAAAACGACUGGUCAACUUACAAUCACUUCUAUUAUUCGGAAACAAGAUAGAAGUCUUCAACGAAAAUAUAACCUAUCUGACGAAACUGAAAGUCUUGGAUCUUUCAAGGAAUCAACUCAAAAGUAUUCCAGACAGUUUAAAUAACCUGAAGGAGCUCUCAAGUAUCAAUUUCAGUUCUAAUUCAAUCGAUACUUUUCCGAAACUUGGUGAUUUUCCAAAUUUGAUCUCUAUAGAUGUGUCGAAUAAUAAGUUAACACGUUUCCCUGAUGUAGAAGACGCUAAUCUGCCUCACUUGACCGACUUCAACGUUAAAAGCAAUGCUAUUGAGGAAUUACCAAAUUGUGUGAGUCGCAGUUUGUCACAGUUGAAAAAUUUCGAUCUUAGCAACAAUCAGAUAAAGGCAGUCCCGGGUGAACUAGCUUCUAUGACAAAAUUAAAAGAACUUAACCUCAAAGGAAACAAGUUGACAGACAAACGUCUUAUGAAGCUCGUAGACCAGUGUCGCACCAAACAAGUCCUGGACUACAUCCGUGAACACUGUCCGAAGACUGACCAGUCACAACCGGCAAGCGGGAAAGGAAAGGGCAAGAAAGGGAAGAAACAGGAAGAGCAACCACCAGAGGAAGCGAUUUGUGACCUCUGCCACUCCCUAAGGAUACUGCACGUUGAAGACGACACUGUAAAAGUGAAAAUCCUGGAGGCCGAAGUGGGUGCAGUCCGUCCGUACAUACUCUGCUGUAUCGUUAACGAUUUGAACUUCAACGAAGCGUUGUUCAAAAAGUUCAUUCAGAUGCAAACCAGAUUGCAUGAUACGGUGUGCGACAAGAGGAACGCGGCCACUAUAGCUACACACGAUAUGAGCAAAAUUGCACCAGGUGACCUGCUAUACACGGCGAAGGCGCCGUCGCAGCUGAAGCUGACGCCGCUGUCGAGGCUGCGCCCCUGCAGCGGGGAGCAGCUGUUCCAGCAGCUGACGGCGGAGGCCGACGCGCUAAGGAAGGAGAAAAAGAGGAACGUCUACUCGGGUAUACACAAAUACUUGUACUUAUUAGAAGGCAAGUCAAAAUACCCAUGUUUGGAAGACGCUAGCGGAAAAGUGAUCAGUUUUCCACCCAUAACUAACAGUGAAGAGACGAAAAUGUCACACGAAAGCAAGCGUAUGCUGGUGGAGGUGACUUCGCACUCGUCGCACGGCUCCUGUAAGACAGUGAUGGACAAGCUCCUCCACGAGUCUCUGGUGCUGGGCAUCGGCGACGACCCGAAUGAACCCCACGCUGGUUAUCAUACGCUCACGGUUCAACAGGUGAAAGUGGUAGAUCCAGAGGGCAAUCUGAAGAGCGUGUACCCAUCGCGAACAGACUGCGUUUACGAAGAUGCGACCAACGUGAAAGUAUAUCGCAUGCCAAAGAAAUAAAAAAUAAAUGAAAAAAAAAAACAAAAACAAAAAUGGCGCGUCAACUUAAUGCAUGUUUUCGCUGCUCGAUUACUUACUUUUUUUUUGACUAGGGAAAUGAAAAACUGGCCAGUGUUAAUGUUAUUUUUUUUUUCUUCAAUACAUUUGAAAAUUGAAUUCGCCUACUCAGUGUUGCCAUUUAAUUAAGUAAAUUACAUGGAUUAUGUUUUUAAGCGGAAAUUAUUGCAAAAAUUUACAGUAUUUUGUUUUUCUAGUUAAAUUAUCCUGUGUGCUAUAUUUAUCUUUGAUAGCUUUAAGUUUUUAUGGUCGGCGUGAAACACGAAUCGCCAAUACGCUAUUAAUUUGUGGUGUCAAUAUAGUUUGGUAAUAUAAUAAGGGAAAAACAGAGUAUAAUAUAAUGGAAUCAGUAUUUCCGUUAAUUGCCAAGCUGUAAUUGAGUCCAAUGUUUUUUUCAAGCAAAGCUGUUUUUUUAAUUUGUUUUAUACAUGCACAAAGAAGGGAUGUUAUAAAAUUGUCUGUGAUUGAAUGUAUCAAGUCGUCGAUGUCACACAUCAUGAAUGUUAAACUAAGAGCAAGUUUUCGUUGUCUGUUUUUUUGAAUAAAGUAUUUUUAUAAA